AAGCAAAUCGCCUCGGCCUCUCUCCACCCGUUGGCCACAGGAACUGUUACCCAACCUUAUCUCGCAGCUCGCGCCACCGCCGUCCACCGCCAUGCCGCUCCUCCCGCCGGCGGCGCCGCCGCUGCCGCUCUCCUCUCACCGCCUGGGCCUCCCCUUUCUCACACUCCCCUCGCCCGCCGGCCGCCCCCUCCGCCGCGGGGACCUCGCCAUCCGCAUGGGCGGCGGGCCGCGCACGUUCCCGGGCGGCGUCUCCAAGUGGCAGUGGAAGCGCAUGCAGGCCCGGAAGGCGAAGCAGCUCCUCAAGGCCCGCCUCGCCCGCGAGCGCCAACUCUACGAGAUGCGCAAGCGCGCCGAGCUCCGCGACGCCGUCGUCCACCUCGAGCGGCCCUGGGACCCCGACUCGGCCCCCGUCUCCGCCGCCGCGCUGGCGCCCAACCUCCUCUCCGUCGCCGCCGACGACCAGCUCAGGGGCCUCGCCGACCGCUUCCACCGCCCCGGCGGCGUCGACCUCUGGAACGACCGCGACGGGCCCCAGGUCUUCGCGUCCCCGGACACGGGCUUGGCCUCCGCGCGCUUCUUCCCCAGGGACGCCGUCCACAGCGUCCAGCCCUACGCCCGCCUCGGCGCCGGCGCCAGAGCCGAGGGCGCGCAAGGUGUUCGGCAGAAUGACGCUGUGGAGGACGCUGUGGAGGACGCGUAUGGUUACAGCGAGCCUGCGGUCCAGCUGAUGGAAAGAGAUGGGAUGUGGGAGCCGGUGAUUGCUUUGGAAGGUGGAGAUGGUAACAAUUCGAGCCACAGGAGUUGGACUCAUGAUGAUGAUGAUGCUAUUUCUGAUUCAGACGACGAAGAGGAUGUUGAUUUUGGACACCAACGACAGGCAAUGGUAAGACGAGAUGGAAGAAGGGAUGGUGAAACUGCAAGCACUAUGCGUGUUGGAAGCGAGAGGGGCAGGCAUUGGAGAGGUCAUGGUUCCUUUUCAGAUUCAGAAAGCAGAAGAAAAGGUCAUCCUGAUCAAAGAUGGUCAGACAGAAGUAGUGGGAGUAGAAGGAAACCUCCCGACGCAAGAUGGAAGCCUUGGAACGGCGAGGGAGGUAACGCCAUUGGGAAGGACCGAACAGGUGGCGGUUCUUUCUCGGACUCAGAGGUGAGCCGCCGUGGUUCUGAGCCAAAAUCAAGGGCAAGGAAUAGAGAGGACACAAUGGACGCCGUGGUGAAGUGGAAACUCUCGUACGAUAGCCAUGGCAAUGUGGUAAGAAAGGUUCGCGUUGGUGGUGAAUUUGAUUCAAAUUCAGACAGUGGAAGGGGCGACAAAGUGGAACCAAAAUGGGGAGCCCCGAAUAGGUCUAGUCCAAGUGAGAACCGAAGAGGUCGAGCAGGGCUGAAAUAUAGGCCUAAUGCCAAAAGUGGCGAAAGGCCAGGAGGAUACACGAGGGGUCACAAUGGUGAUGAAAGGGAUCAAUUUGGUAACGGCUUUGCCUCGGACUUGGAGGAGCCGACAUGGAACCCAAGAAAAAAGAACGAAGCUAGGAACAGCAAUGGCAGCAGAGAGUACAACAGUGAUAUGAAAAGUAGAUUCAGGAGCGGUGGAAGCGGGGCUGCAAGACGGAUAGACAGUACUCGUCCUGUGAUGAACGCCGACAGAGAAGAUGGAAGAGGGCGGCGGUCGAGGGGAGAUGGAUACUCGCUACGACCAACAUCGGAAUUGCACAGCUCGAUGGACCGGAAUGGGGGACGGUAGUUCAGAGGAGACGGAUACUCGCUCCAACCAAAAUCAGAACUUAGAUAAGAUGUACUGUAUGUUAAGAGUAAAGCUAAUGUAGUCUGUGUGUGUGCUAACUACUGUAUGACCAGACGUUCAAAUAUAACAUACUUGUACUGAGGAUUUGCUUCGUUCAGCUCGUGUGAUUUGCUAUUCUCGCUGAGUGAGUGUCUAUCAAAGAAUGCCAGGAACUUGUCCAUACUACAUCUCCAGUUUUUUUUGCCAAAUGAUUUGGGUUCAGCCGGAACAUCCGAAGCAGCUCACAGCUAUAUUCAGAAACCUGAUGAAUGUGUAUCUAUCUGAUAUCUUUUCUGAGUCCAAUGAGGACCAUGUUUAUCCUUGAAGCUGUAGCAUCCCUGCAGAAUUUUGGAAUAUGGAUUUAGCCGGAACAGCCGAAGCAGCUCACUGCUAUAUUCAGAAACUUGCUGAAUGUGUAUCUUUCCUGUGUGAUCUGAUCUGGACCCAGUUUACCCUUGAAACUGCACUGUCCCUGUAGAAUUUUGGAUUAUGGCUUGUUACCUUCUCUUCUUUUAAUUUAUUCAGAAUUUCAGAGGC